CGCUGCCGUGUAUUUCUCUGGACAGCAGAGAAAUACACAGCAGCAUGUUUCCCUAGUAAACCACACACAGCAAAACUGCACACUGUUAACCCUUUGAUCGCCCCAGAUGAUAACCCUUUCCUGCCCAGUGUCAUUAGUACAGUACAGGGGCGGACUGACAACUCAUGGGGCCCCCGGGCAAUAGGGGAUUAUGGGGCCCGUGUCCUUGCCCACACUCAAACCACACCCAAAAAAGCUUAUGAAAGGUACCAGGGACAUCUCAUGGGGCCCCCUACUGACCUCGGGCAGUGCCCGAGUACCCGAAUGGUCAGUCCGCCCCUG